AUGAUCAACGCGUUUCCAUUCGAUUACGUGAAGGGAUUUUUCCGAAGAGCUCCCGUUGGUGAUCUCAUCGAUCAUUUACAUCACACCGUCCUUCCAUCAAUUCUCUUUAUUUUCUUUCUCAUGAUAUCCGCGAAACAAUGGGUCGGCACACCAAUUCAAUGUUGGUUACCAAAGGAAUUCUCGAGUGAAUGGGGUCAAUAUGCGGAGAAUUACUGCUUCAUUCAUGGCACAUAUUACGCGCCAAUUUCUGUCGAUCAUCGAAUUACACCUGAAGAGAAAAAAGAGAACUUUGCCGGUUAUUAUCAAUGGGUUCCAUUGUUUUUGUUGUUGUCUGGUUGUUUCUUCUAUCUUCCGUUCUUCAUUUACCAAGAAGUUGUUCGCAAAUUGGCGGGAAUCGAUAUUCAGAAGUGCACAGAAGAGUCAAUCACUAUUAAGAAUGCAAAUCUCAAAGAUCGCUCGCAAAUGAUUGAGACACUGGUUAACGAUUUUGAUGAACAAUUGAGAGCUCGAAGCGAACAACGCAAAGGAUCACGCGCCGUCUAUCUCUACAUUUUGCUCAAGCUCGCUUUCAUCGUCAAUCUUUGCGCUCAACUCUGGCACAUGAAUUUCUUCCUUGGACACGAAUCACUUUGGGCAAUUUGGAGUGCUGCUGACAUCAUUCAAGGCGAAGAUUCGAGUCAUAAAGGAUACUUUCCUCGGGUCACAUUCUGCGAUUUCAAGAUUCGAGAUCUCGGAAACAAUCGUCCCUAUUCCGUGCAAUGUGUUCUGAUGAUCAAUGCACUCAACGAGAAAGUCUAUCUUUUGCUUUGGUCAAUCUACGUGUUGUUGUUGGCCGUGACUUUCCUCAAUUUCCUCUACACAAUCUACCACUAUUUCGCUUGCAAUUCACUCGCCAAUUACAUGAAAAGCAUGUUAAUGGAAUCGGCUACUAAAGAAAGCAAUGAGGAAUUUGAUGUAAAUGAGAUCCAGUACUACACUUAUUAUAAUUUGGGAAGAGAAGCACUUCUCGCCCUUCAUUUGAUCGAAGUUCACACUGAUCGCCGUCUCUGUGCUCUCAUCAAUAAAGGACUCUAUGAUCGAUUUUGCAAGACCAAGAAACCGGGUGAUGUCAAAAUCGGAGCCAUUCUUACGAUCAACGAGAAACUUAACCAGUCAACCUCGAUUAGCUCAAUCAAUGUCAUUUCAAUGAUCAACAAUUCACUUCAUGCAAACAAUGAAAAACUCAAACAAUCUCAAUCAAUCAACUACAUCCCAAGAAUCUGGAUCAACGAUAGACAAAAAGAGGCUAAGAAACUUGAUCAUUGCAAAAUUGUU